AUGCUCGGUUUCCCGCAGCUUGACGUUGGUGACUUGGAGGCCAUCCAUCAUGGCUGGAAAAGCAUUCUUGUCGCAUCGAACGGGGCUCACGGCUCAGACCCCGUGCAGCUUAAAUUUCCCCCUGAUACGCCGUUCCAGACCUUCUUGGACUGGAGCGGCCCGAAGGUGAAUGUCACGCCCGCGCGACGCGCCUUCACAGAGUCGGGCGAUGAGAUUCAAGAAUUCGACCAGAUACUGGACGACGAUGUGGUGUAUAUUUCGAAAGGAGAGGAUUUCUGCAAAGGAGGGGCAGACAAAGCAACGGACGUCAUCGGGGGCUAUGUGGUGAAGGAACUGCUCGGAGAGGGUGGAUUUGGAAGGGUCAUGAAGGCCAUCCACCCCGAAACAGGCGAGGUCGUUGCCAUCAAGCUGAUCAACAAGAGGUCGUUUAGCGAAAUUACGGAUGCCGACCGUGUCUUCGUUGAGAUUCAGGCGCUUCGAGACCUCUCGCAUAAGCAUGUGAUUAAGAUGAAGGACGUCGUCGAUAACCCAAAAUAUAUCUGCUUCAUCAUGGAGUACGCGACCAACGGCGAACUGAGAGACUAUGUCUCGAAGAGGACUCGACUAAAAGAGGACGAAGCCCGCCAGUUCUUUGAGCAGAUCAUCAAGGGUGUUCAUUACUGUCAUUCCAAGAAUAUCGUUCACCGGGAUCUCAAGCUCGAAAACAUUUUGCUUGACGAGGGAAAUCAGUGUAAAAUUGCAGACUUUGGUCUAUCUCAUUUCGUCGUGGACAGCCACGCGACCGUGACAGAGGGAGGGACGCAGGCGUAUCUCGCUCCAGAGGUUUGGAAUGGACAGUCGAAGAAUUCAAGUCCUUUUCAACUUGACGUGUGGGCUCUCGGCGUGAUUCUCUUCGGGAUGACUCACGGCCGUCUCCCAUUUGAGCGGCCAGACCGACACACGGUCGAACGACUGAAGACGGAAGGCCUGCCGUUCGACUCGUCAGCGUCGCCAGCUCUAAAGAAGGCCAUCACCGCGAUGCUGCAUCCUGACCCCCGAAAGCGAAUCCGAAUCAGCGACUUGAUGAACGACGCGUGGCUGAGGCAGUCACUCCCUUGGGAGGAUGCGCGCGAGUCUCUUGAGCGCGGCGCCAGCGGAAAUUACAGUUCGAAGACUGACUCGUCGAAUCCGAGUCGCCCACCUUCUCAAGACGGGCCUUCGUUUGAACCGGUGCCCCCCGCGGGCACAACUAUCGACGACGCUGUCAACGUCGAUCGCUCGGUGCUGAAGUCCUGGGAAGCACGAUCCCAGUCGCCUGCCUCGAGCCGUAUUGACACGUCGCCGAAAGAGAGUUUGGCGCAGUCAGGCGCCAAGCGCCCCUCGCGGCCUCGCUUGCCAGACCACAGCGUGCCGUCGACCUCUUUGCCGCCGCAUGCAGCCCACGCUGGCGCAAAAAGCGCCCUCAAAAACAGCGCGUCGCGCGGCCACAGCAGCUCCAUUCCGGCUGCGCGGCUCUCCGCUGACAUUCUGCCAGGGCGAAGGAAGCUGGGAUCCCACGCAGGAUCACCGCCCGGCAGCACCCCAAGUUUCUCGCCUCUCCCCUCGAAAGAAAAAGUCGCGGCCCCGAGUACUACCGGGUUGGCGGCCACGCCGCCACACUGA